AAGAGAAACUGAAGGAAGUAUUACGUCUUACUGAUCAGAAAGCUGUUUCUGAAUUAUUUGGACAAGCUUCAUACAUAUGUAGUAAAAUCUAAAAAGGUUGAAACUGUGUGGAGAGCAUGGGUUAUGAUAUUGAGCGUUUCGUUGGCUACGUUAAUGAAGGGCUAUUAUGCUCCAUCUGCCGCGAUGUGUUAGAAGAUCCAUUACAGGCUCCUUGUGAACACGCUUUCUGUACUGCUUGUAUACAUGGAUGGCUUGUUCAUCACAGUAACUGCCCUGAAGACAGACAAAUGAUUGACGUAUCUUUGCUACGACCUCUCUACAGAUAUAUGAGAAAUGAUUUAAACCGUCUUCAGCUACAUUGCAAAAACAGAGAGUAUGGCUGGGAAAUGGUUUGUUCACUGGAGUCUAUAGACAGGCAUGAAAGAGAGUGCGAAUACAGUCAGAUAGCUUGCUCCAAUGCCGGUUGUACAGUUCAGAUUGAACGACGUAACUUAGAUGGUCACCUGGCAGUGUGUGAAUAUCGGAGCCGUGAAUGCCCCAACGGUUGUGGUUACACCAUUCUCAGUGCAGAAGACACACAGCAUAAUUGUGUAGCAGAGCUAAGAACCGAGCUAGAACUCCUUCGGUCAGAAAUGAUCUGCAGAGUGGAGGAGGCAAAACAUGAGAUGGAGUCAAGGUUAGAUUCACAGAGAAGGCAUAUGGUCCAAAAAGAGAGCAUUCUGCAAAAUGAAAUUGAAGAACUAAAGAGUCAGAUGUCACGAAUGAUGUCAGAUGUACGCUCUCUGAUGGCUGCAGAGAGACAGCACCGUCAAGAACUGGAGCAGGCAGAGCUGGAAAAACGGGAAUUAAUGGAGCUGCUGAGGGGGCUGCAGAAGGACUGCCGAUUAACUACUACAGAAGGAAGCAGGAAGUCAACAAAUUUCCGCCCUCUAGCACGACUAGAGAGUGUAAAACGAAAACCUAGGGAAGUUACAGUUAUCUAAACAAAAGUUUAAGGCUACUUGAACAUUAAUAUCCACAACAGACGAGUAUUUGCACAGUCACUUGGACUUCGGACGUCUUUAUUAGUACUCAAGUUUGCAACGGUGUAAGAGCUAGCAUUUUUUAACAGACCCACAAAUACUGAAUCAAGGGGGCAUUUAUCUGUAAGGACUGCAUAAGAAAUCUGUACAGUUCAAAGACUUUUCUCUAAACUUCUCACACAGCCUGUUCAUGUUGUUUUCAGUGCUAUAACUAAGCCAUAUUCUGUCCUCUGUUGCAGCUCUUCAGUGGAGUAACUAGGGGAGAACCUGUCUUCCUGUUUACUGAAUGUGCUAAAUCACUUUUGAACUUUCAGGAAAAUGUGUGCAGGUGCAAAAAUCUGAAUAAGCUAAUUUUGUAGUUUAGAAAGCAACUACCUUACAGUGCAUGCCUUGCUGUCACUCAGAGCAAUGCUUUUAUGGCUAACAGCAUAACCAAAGAGAGAGGCAGCAACCUUCUUUAGCACAUACACUACGUUAUGAAGACUUGUGGUCAGAGCUGUAUUAAUUUCAGGCAUUAAUAAAUCCUUCUGACUUGCUGUUCCUUUAGUACCGCUGAAGCAGAUGCGCACAUGUUCAGGGCUUGUGCAUUUAAAAAACUGACAGAAAUAACUCUUCUGUAAAAGUUGGUCGGGUUUUUUUUCUGAAAGAAAACAUUCGUAGGAAGAGUUAUGUCCAAAUAUUUACUUGUUUUCAGUCCUUAUAUUCUAGAUUAAAUUACAAUCAUUGACAGUAUUUAGGUCACUAUAGCAGUCUCACCAACUCAUGACAUAGCACAUCUCUUAAGCAGCCAUAUUUAACAAUCUGAAACAGUAAAACAGUAGCUAUAAUUUGGGAAGACCUUCAUUCACACUAAACAUUCAGUGGUCAACUCACGUACAUCAGUGUGCAUAUUAAAGCUGUAGGUAGAAAGUAAGAAUGCUUUUAUUAUCCUGUGUUCUAAAUAAGCAAGCUGUUAGUGUCUGUGGUCUGUGUCUAUUUCAGCAUUCACACUAAUUUUGAAGCUUCUUGGCAACGCCAGAUUUCAUGCUAUUAGAAUCAAUAUAUUUUCAGGAUGUGCUUUUCUGUGUACUGUAACUGUGUGGUUCUGUGAUGUGACUUUAUCUACUUUGCUUAACAUGAAAGAAGAAAAUUCCCUCAAAAUCCUUUAGAACUCAGAUGGGCUGGAUCAUCUUUCCCAAGUUGGAGGGCAGUAAUGGUCACCCAAUCUUUUCUGUUCUGACCACGGAAAAAAGCAAGUUAUUAGCUCUGUGCUUUCUCCAUAAUGGGAUCUCUGCAUUCGUUUGUUUUAGGAAUUUCACCCACUUAUUUAUGACUAAAUUCCUUCUAGUAUAGGAAAUGGGGUUUAUUUUAUAUUUACUUAGCAUUUGGUCUGCUGUCUGUCCCCUAAGUGACAGACAUGAAACUGUGUGAGAAAACGCGUCCUAGGUGGUAAGGAAGGCCUUUCUGCUGUGCGACCUAUGUAGCUUCUAGUUGGCAGCUCUGGAGAGCCUGAACUUCCAGUGUUGAAAUGUGGCAACCCUUUGGGCCCGCCUGCUGCUGGAAUGACCUGUCAGCUUGGGUUUCCUUUAGCAGCGAAGCAGCACUUGCAGAGGUAUUUUAAAUGGGCACCUACUAGCUGAUAGCAUCAGAUCCCUCCAGUUACUUUAAGCUUAAUCCUGUUCCUCAGUGUUGGUAACUGUUCUGCACUUAAGAUAUUCCUUUGCUAAUGAACCACUCACAGGGUGGUGUAUGCUUAAGUAUGGUCAUCAUUUUACCUGUCUUAAAAUUAACUAGGCUGAAAUUAAAUAGCCCAUUAUGUUAAUAUUUUAUCUAGUUUUAGCUUUUCCAGUCUCAUGCAUUACACAGCUCUUAAUAACAGCUGGCAGAAGCAAGGAAUUUUUUUUCUUUCUUUCAAACAGUCUGUUAAUCCUUUUUAUAAAAACUAAGGGUCCAAAUAUUGUAAUAGGCUUGGUGUAAGAGAAGACAUUCACUUGGAAAUGCUACUUCCCUAGUCACGAUCAUAUCUUGGGAUUAUAUGAAAGAUACUGCUAAAAGGGCAUUACGGGAGGGUUCCAGCAUUGAAUUACUGGUAUUAGUAUUCUCAUAGUAAAUCACACUUCGAUCGAUUCCAUUUCCUCACAGGUGGAACUGUGCUGAGUGCAAGUUGAACCGUUACUCAGGUGGACCAGUAACCGUGCAAGCAGUUGUUGUAUUUUUAGUUGCUUCUACUAGCACUUUGCAGCUAGAAAAGGGAGAGCAGAGACUGUGGAGCAAGGAGAGUGGAGAGAAAGAGUAAGUGCGGUCCGACUGUCUUCCCUCAGCCCGAGAGCAAUGAUGCAGCUGCACCAGCCUGUGUACCAGCUAGCUUACCAGUGUAAAUGGCUACAAUUAAGAUAGCGUUAAAAUUAAAAGCAGAUUAAGUCUUUAGCCACAAGUAAGUGAGUACCAAAUGUAAUCGUACCAAAACUGGGAGAUACGCAAACUCAGAGAGAGCAGGCUGUUAAGUAACGUAUGUGAGAUUACAAGGAGUUGAGCAAAUCCUUAUCCUGCAUUAAAUUGGGUGAAAAAGAAUAACACUAAGGAUGUAUUAGGAGAAAUCAAUAUUUUUCUAAUUUAAGUGAGUGGUACGUUUGUCUUUGAAAGAAAAUCAACAUUUAUGUAUUUAUUCUGAAGACCCAAGAGGCCAAUUACAAAUACGUUUAAACUAGUUCCUUCAACUGACUUCUCCACUUAAGAAGUCAAAUUCAAGACAAAAAUAGUUUCCUCUGUUUCCUUCAGCAUUAAAGCUGCGUCCCCUGUUCUCCUGCACUCCUCCCGAAGCAGAAAAUCGUCGGUGGCCUCGGCCAGUAUGGACCAUUGCUGCUCGGGUUACUUAUUUGGAACAGGAACAGUAAUCCUGGGGAGAGCUGCCGGUAGGUUCAGAUGAGAUUCAACGAAAGGCGUGGAGCUGAGAACCACGCACCCGAGUCAGGUGCAGGAGUGGCAAGGAAGAAUUUUGCUGGACUUCCUAAUUAAGGUGGCAGUUUUUAAUUAGUAUGAUUGUAGUACUAGAUUAACAGUCUCAUCUGAGAUGAUAAAUCAAUUUAACAGCACAUACAUACAAGAGUUUCUUGUCAGCACGGAAGGGAAUGGAAUUACAUAGUCAAGGGAAAUACCUAAUACAGUGAAGUAUCUUGGCUGGCCAAAAGUGGUUUUAUAUCUCAAAUGUUCUUAGGUGUUUUUAAGAAGUUUAAUGCAUUAAUAGAUCCCAGGUGGCAAGCAGUUCCUAAGAGAUAUAGAAAUGGGUAGCCUUGCAAAUUAAAUUUUCCGUGUGCUGUCCUCUCGGAUGCUUCUGGCAUGGUGCUUUUCUACAGCCGUUGUACUUAGGAGCGCCGGAUGGUAUUUAAAAGGAGCAGUACUAGCCUUGCCUUUCUCCCGUACUGCUGAUGGGAUGAAGUAUGGUAGGUCAGGGAGAUUUUACCACAUAGAUAGAUGCCUUUAUAAAGACCUACAAUUCUAUGCAACUUUCUAUUAACAAAUAAACAUUGAACUGUCUUCCAGCAUUAUGGUUCACUGCCGAUCUAUUUACAUUUUCUAUCUUUAUAUACACAAGGAGAAACCAGGGCUUAACAGACCUUAAUCUCUAGUCUGUAAAAGAAACAGUAAUGUUAUUUGUAUCACUUUGAAGUACACUUUGUAUAAAAGUUGAACUAAUAAAGGGUCUAUACCGU